AUGUUCGCCCCCGCCAAAGCCACCAACGGCGGGUGGACACCAAUCGCACCUUUUGACUUUGAUGAGAGGGAACCAGGCAAUUUGAAGAGAAGAGCAGUGGACAAUCUACGGCGUAUCAAAGUCAUAUGUAUUGGUGCGGGCAAGUCAGGUAUCCUCACAGAUAUCCUGGUGUUGCUUGCGAUGUCCCAUGUCAUGCCUACCAAUUCACCUUCGAAAACAAACUCCAGUUGGAGUCGAUACCGGGCCACCGGUGCGGAAAUUCAAGCCUAUCUGAAACGUACAGCCACAAAAUACGGAGCCGACAAAUACAUGAAAUUUGGGCAUUUUUGCGAGAAGGCCGAGUGGAACAAGCUGGAGGGACGGUGGCAUGUGACCUUGACGAAGUCAGCUACCAAUGAGACUUUUGUGGACACAUGCGAUGUACUCCUCUCGGCCGUCGGUCCUUUGAACAAGUGGGAGUGGCCUCAGCUACCUUUUUUGACGAAGGUGAAAUCCUCAUUAAUGCUACAGGGCGCUGUAUGGAACGAUACUAUACAGCUAGACAACAAGGUAGUGGGCGUGAUUGGAAACGGCUCCAGUGCGGUGCAGAUUAAACUCAUCUCCUUCCAAAGAUCCUCGACAUGGAUAACAGCUGGGUUUGCUCAGGAAUGUGCGGGAGAACAUGGAGAUAACUUUAAUUACUCCGAAGAACAAAAGAGGGAAUUUGCUGAAGACCCAGCUGCCUACUUGAAAUACCGGAAACUGGUUCAAGCUGGGAUGAUCUUCACUAGAGUCAAUUUUGACCGCGGGCUGACGGUCAAACAAACAUCACAGUUCUCCAGACUGGAGAUGAUCCGAAAACUCAAAGGCAAAGAGCACUUGAUUUCGAAGAUUGUACCACGGAAUUAUGCCGUCGGGUGUAGGCGUCCAACACCAGGCAGCGGAUACUUGGAGUGUUUGGUCGAAGAGGAGAAGUGCGAGGUGACCUUCUCACAGAUCACCGAGGUGACGGAAGAAGGGGUUGUCACUGCGGAUGGACGCCGACGUCGACUCGAUGUCCUGGUCUGCGCGACCGGAUUCGACGUCUCUUUUCGCCCCAGAUUCCCCGUAGUGGGAGAUGAUAACCUCGACCUACGCGACGCCUGGAAGGACCAACCGUACACUUAUCUCAGCGCGACGGUACCCAAAUUUCCAAGCUAUUUCAUGAUCAACGGUCCUUUCGGGCCUUAUGCGCAUGGUUCCAUCCUUCCAACCAUUGAGAUCACCACGCGCUACGUGGCGAAGUUCAUCGUCAAGCUCCAGACCGAAGACGUGGAAAGCUUCUCACCCAAGCAAGACGCCGUCGACGACUUCAAGAGGCAUCGGGAACACUUCUUGAAGCGCACGGCGUGGAGUUCGCCGUGCCGGUCGUGGUUCAAAGGCGGGACUAUUGACGGGCCCAUCCUGAUGUGGCCAGGGAGUCGGAUCCAUUUCCUUGAGGGUAUAGCAAAUCCUCGCUGGGAGGACUACGAUUGGAAGUAUCGGUACAGCAAUAGAUUGUCAUUCUUCGGGGAUGGCUUUUGCCAAAGAGAGCUAGACGGGGGAGACAGGAGCUGGUAUAUCGAGGCAGCAUGA